AUGGCAGAGCAACGGGAGUUCUCAAGGGCUCGGCUUUCAAGCCUUGCCAACAAGGCUAAUCUUCAUUUGCUGAUUCAUGGAAAAGUUUACGAUGUUCAUACUUUUGUCUAUGAUCACCCUGGUGGUGACUUGGUCCUUCUCGGUGAGGGGGGAAAGGACGCAACGAAAGCGUGGGAAGAUGUGCAGCAUUCUGAGGAAGCAAAGCAGCUGAUGAAGGAUUAUCUCGUCGGAUACUGCACAGAGAUCCCUCAAGCAUCAAUAUCUGAGCCCAGCCAGAUAACUGCAAUCGAGAAACCGCGAUUGAUAACAAGGUAUAUACUCUAA